AUGAAUGCAAUGAUCAGCAAAACAUUUGGUGAGUACUGCCAUCACUUGAUCCCAACCAUUGUCUUGACCACCGGUUGUCCCAACAGGUCGUCGAUGUUAACACAGGUCCAGACGUCGGCCUCCAAUAAGUUGCCCUCAAAUAAAGCGAUUAUCGUUUUGGGAGACAAUGAUUCGGGAAAGACAUCACUGAUCGCCAAAAUGCAGGGCAAUGAGGACACGAGGAAGGGGUCGGGAGACAAUGAUUCGGGAAAGACAUCACUGAUCGCCAAAAUGCAGGGCAAUGAGGACACGAGGAAGGGGUCGGGUCUGGAAUACCAUCACCUGUUGGUUAGGGAUGAAUAUCGAGACGAACAGACACAGUGUGGCGUUUGGAUCCUCGACGGCAACUGUAGCUGGAAUUCACAUCUCCUGAGGUUUGCUAUCAAUGAGAGCACGAUUCCGGACACGACUGUACUGUUGACCGCUUCGAUGACCAAACCCUGGGAUAUAAUUGACUCAUUGGAGAAGUGGACCAAAGUAUUAGAGGAACACAUCCUUAAACUCGAUCUUAAGCCCGAANGCGUUUGGAUCCUCGACGGCAACUGUAGCUGGAAUUCACAUCUCCUGAGGUUUGCUAUCAAUGAGAGCACGAUUCCGGACACGACUGUACUGUUGACCGCUUCGAUGACCAAACCCUGGGAUAUAAUUGACUCAUUGGAGAAGUGGACCAAAGUAUUAGAGGAACACAUCCUUAAACUCGAUCUUAAGCCCGAAGUCCUUAACAACUAUAAACAGCAAAUGUUGAGGCGAUACGUGGACUACAUAUCUCCUGGCGAUGAAAUGGAGGGUUUAGUCAAUACUCCGGUUAAGUUGCGAAGUAAUAGUGAUUUGGACGCCACACUCAAAGCCAGUAUUACUAGCAAUUCAGUCAAUAGUCCUCUGCCUGAAGGCGUCUUAACGCAUAACUUAGGUCUCGACGUGAUUGUCGUUAUCACCAAAACUGAUUUCAUGUCCUCUUUGGAGAAGGACUUUGAUUAUAAAGAAGAGUCGUUUGAUUUUAUACAACAAGCGAUUCGCAAAUUUUGUCUUAAAUUCGGUGCCUCUUUACUAUACGUUUCGGUUAAAGUAAAUAAAAAUUGUGAUCUUCUCUACAAAUAUCUCGUCCAUAGGAUAUAUGGACUCAAAUUCAAAACGCCUGCUCUUGUCGUCGAAAAAGAUGCCGUCUUUAUACCCACGGGUUGGGAUAAUGAGAAGAAAAUAGCAAUUUUAUACGAAAAUAUUCAAUCCUUUUCUCCUGACGAUGACUACAACGAUGUCAUUGUGGGUCCCGUCGGCACAAAACCUCUUCAAAAAGAAGUGGAGACGUCGGCAGAAGAGGAUCAGGUGUUCCUUCUGAAGAUGCAGAGCCAACUCAAUCAACAAACACCCAUCGGAGCAAUAGACCCACGGCCUCUUCAAAAAGAAGUGGAGACGUCGGCAGAAGAGGAUCAGGUGUUCCUUCUGAAGAUGCAGAGCCAACUCAAUCAACAAACACCCAUCGGAGCUAAUCCUCCGACGCGAACGACACCAACGGUUCAAAAGCCAACAGAAAGGCGGACACCGAUGAACACGCCGUCUCCGGGCGCACAAAUCGAUAGCGCAAAGAACAGUCCGGGAGGUGAAGGAGUUCUGCAGACGUUUUUCAAUAGUUUGUUAAGUCGUAAAUCUGGGGGAUCGCCGGGUAUGGGAUCUCCGCGGACGCCAAACACAAUGGCCGAUAACCUGACGGCUGCCAACGUUCACGCGGAGUUGGACCGUAUGAUAGGCAGCAAUAGGAUGUCCAGCAAUACCUCUACGCCAACACACAAUCUAAACAUCAUUGAAAAGGAUGUCAACCCUUAUGUCGAAGAAUGGGAAGAGAAGGACAUCUUUCCGGCUCAUCAGGUGUUCAAAAAGUUUGGCGAAGCGGGUCUUCUGGGCAUCACUAGACCUCCAGAAUAUAAUGGUUUGGGUUUAGAUUAUUCAUAUAGUAUCGCAUUCUUCGAAGAGUUGGCGAAUAUAAACUGCGGAGGAAUACCGACAGCCAUUACGGUUCAGACAGAUAUGGCGAUCCCAGCGCUGACUCAGUUUGGAAGCGAUUACUUGAAGCGUGAGUUCUUGGCGCCAACCGUUGCGGGCGAUUAUGUGGCCUGUGUUGGAGUGAGUGAACCGAGUGGUGGCAGUGAUGUGGCCGCUCUACUAACCACUGCCAAACCACAAGGCGAUGAUCUUAUCAUAAAUGGUAGUAAAAUGUGGAUCAGUAAUGGAAUACAAGCCGAUUGGAUGUCACUUUUGGCCAAUACUCGCGAAGGAGCGCCCCAUAAGAAUAAGUCCUUAAUAUGUUUGCCGCUUAAGACACCGGGAGUUAGGACUGAAAAGAUUAAGAAAAUGGGUUUAAAGUGUUCGGACACUGCGAUCGUAUACUUCGAUGACGUAAGAGUUCCCGCGAAGAACAUCGUUGGAGAAGAGGGCCAGGGAUUCACUUAUCAAAUGAUACAGUUUCAAGACGAGCGCUUGUGUGCGGCCGCCGCAGCCGUAUCACAAGUGGACCGUAUUAUCAAUGAGACUAUAGAGUACUGUCGACACCGCAAGACAUUUGGUUCCCCUCUCAUCGAUAAUCAAGUGAUUCACUUCACUCUCGCAGAACUCAAAUGUGAGGUCGAAUUACUUCGUUCCUUAGUCUAUAGAGCGGCCGACGCUUUCAUGAAUGGAGAAAACGUCACAUUCUUGGCCUCAAUCGCCAAAUUAAAAGCCGGACGUUUGAGCCGAGAAGUGGCCGACAAAUGCCUUCAAUAUUAUGGAGGAAUGGGUUAUACAAACGAUAUGCUAAUUAGUAGAGCCUUUAGGGACGCGAGGGCUCUAUCGAUUGCUGGCGGAGCCGAUGAGAUAAUGCUUGGAAUUAUCAGUAAAUUCCUCGACAUUUUACCCAAAAGGAAGAAUUAGAUCUGAACUCAAAGAAGAAUUCAUUUGUUACACAAUUUUUUACAAAGUUUUAAAUAUAAAAUCUUAUAAUUUAUUAAAUGAGUGAAAAGACAUUAAAUGAAUCUAAAAUACAAAACACA